ACCAGCUGGUGGCGGUAGUGCACCUUUGUGUUGUUUGACAGCCACCGUAAAACAUCAAGAAGAUUCUUUACGUCAUCAAAGAGAGGCAUGAUUUGCACUGGACACACGAGACUGUUCAAUUGUUGUAUAAAUCUAAGGUGAGGAAGAAGUGUUGCAGGGAACUGUUCUUCGGACUUUUUGUUGAUUAGACCCAGCAGACCGCUGUGUUAAGUUGCCAUCUUCUCAAUGUGCCAAGUGGAGGAAGACUACCAUGAUCACCUGGAGCGCGCGGACGUGCCCAGUGUUUCCAAGAAAUGUGUCAAAUGCAAAGAGGCAACUGCAGCUGUGGUCAUCAGAGCCGGAGACACAUAUUGCAGGGGCUGUUUCAGGGAAUAUUUCAUUCAUAAGUUCAGAGCCAUGCUGGGCAAAAACAGGGUCAUUUUCCCUGGAGAGAAGGUGCUGCUGGCUGUAUCUGGAGGUCCCUCUUCGUGCUCAAUGCUCAGUCAAGUCCAAGAGGGUUUGAGUCAGAAUGCUCACAAGAAGUUGAGAUUCUUACCUGGCAUUGUCUACAUUGAUGAGGGUGGCGCUGUAGGUCAGUCUCCUGAGAACAGGCAAAAGUCGGUGGCUGAGCUGCAGGCUGUGCUCAAAGCAACCGGCUUCCCCGUCCACAUCGUGCCUCUGGAACAGGUUCUGGAACUUCCCAGCUCAGUUUUGAUGACGGCCCUGUCAUCUUCAGAGCGAGCAGCUGGUGCCUACAAAGCAGCUGUGGGUCAUUUCCUCCACAGCAACAGCAGCAGCUCUUUGGCACCACAGGACCAGGAGGAAACAACGCUACCUGAUGUUCAGGAGUCCCACACUCAGCUACUGCAGCAGCUGAUUGGCUCUGCUAAGACGCUGACGGCCAGAGAAGACCUGCUAAACACGUUAAGGCAGCAUCUGCUGGUGCACACAGCUCGUACUGAAGGCUACAGUAAACUGAUGUUGGGAGACAGCUGCACCAGACUGGCUGUUAAACUGCUCACCAGUAUAUCACUGGGCCGAGGAGCACACCUCGCUCAGGACACGGGUUUCUCAGACUCCAGAUACGGUGACAUAAUAUUAGUGAGGCCGAUGAGGGACUACUCGGCUAAAGAAAUAGCUUACUACAACCAUAUGUUCAAAGUGCCCUCUGUUUUCAUACCAAGCCUGGACAGCAAGACAACUGACAAGGCCAGUAUCCAGCGUCUGACAGAGAGUUUUGUCACUAAACUGCAGGCAGACUUCCCUUCAACUGUCAGCACCAUCUACAGGACCAGUGAGAAGCUACAGACCGUAUGCAAGAGCUCCUCCACAGCUGAACACUGUGACAGGUGUCUGCUCUGCAUGUGUGUCCUGGACACUGCUGUUGAGGAUGCUUCAGCCUUCAAGGCCACACUGUUGUCAGAGCAACUCUCCCAGAAUAAGCCUACAGGAGCAACCCACACUGAGACCUCCGGACAAAACCCAGCUCCAGUAGAGCCAGAACCAACUGCUUCCACUGGACAGUGUUGUUCCCCUGGAAGAGAGGAGGAUUGUGGGAAAGCAGCAAGUGGUGGAGGCUGCUGUUCUUCUGCCAAGCUACCAGAGACAACCGAUCUGACGAGCCUGUUGUGUUACAGCUGCCGGCUGACCUUCAAAGACAUGUCGUCAGUGGACUGUCUCCCACAGUAUAUCCUGUCAGAGGCUCAGAGGAGGCAAAGGAGGUCUCAGAUGAGAGAGGAGAUCAGUGAGUUCCUGCUGGAUGAUGGUGAUGAAAGCGAUUAGAGGGAGGAGAAGAGUGAAUGUUCACCUCUGGG